AUGUCGGGGCUCCGCUCGGCUGCUUCAGCCCCGCUGGUGCUCACCCUCGCUCUGCUCUUCCAAACCUCUCUGUCAGUGCUCCAUGUCCCGAUGCUGAUCUGGUCAACUCAGAGAUCACUGUGGAAUCCAGACUCCGCUUUGCAUGAAGGCCACAUUGUCUCAGCACAGGAGCUGCCUGUACUCCUGCAACCUCUUUUUGCCCAGAAUUCCAGAAACCUCAUCUUGUUCCUGCAAGAUACUCUUAGCAUAGAUGAUUUCACAUACCUCAGUGAAUUCUACGGUAACGAGAAUCCUUUUCAAAAUAUUCAGGAAAUUCUUCAGUCUUCUCCUUCAUCUUUAGUUUUGCCAGCUGUUGACUGUGAAGCUACCAGGUAUCUCCUGAGCUCUCUCCAGGAGUCAGGAGACUGGAAGUUGACAAACAUAUCUAAUCUCAAUGUCUCUCAACUGGAAGUGAAUACGUCUAAACCAAACUUACUGGUGGUUCAGCUACAACCCCUUGUCAGAGGUUUAAAUGAGAUUUCCACCCUGAAAGCAAUUGCUGAAAAUGACAAAAUAAUUGGAAGACUGACCAUGGAUCUGCAGGAACGAGGGAUUCAUUUUUCAGUAAUUUAUACUGCAGUGAGACCUUCAAGG